AUGCCGCACUUCACCGUCGUGCCGGUGGAGGAUAAGCCGCGGGCCGGCUACGACGCCUUGGAAGGGCUGAGCUGGGUGGACUACAGCCAGCCCGGGGCGGACGGGGCGCCCCGCGCGUCCUGCCAGCGCGAUCCCUACGACUCGGUCAGCUCCGACGGACAUGGCAAUCAUAAAGAAAGUAGUCCCUUUCUCAACAGCUCGGAUCCAGGCAAAGGAGAUUACUAUGACCGAAAUUUGGCCUUAUUUGAGGAAGAACUGGAUAUUCGUCCGAAGGUGUCUUCUUUAUUGGGCAAAUUGGUCAGCUACACAAAUCUCACUCAGGGAGCCAAGGAACACGAAGAAGCGGAAAAUGCUGAAGGCUCAAGAAGUAAAGUUUCAAAAUCUCCCAGCAUGGGGACCCUGAUGGGCGUCUAUCUGCCAUGCAUGCAGAAUAUCUUUGGGGUCAUCCUCUUCCUUCGGCUGACAUGGAUAGUGGGGACAGCAGGUGUUCUCCAGGCCUUCCUUAUUGUCUUAAUCUGCUGCUGUUGUACCAUGCUGACGGCCAUAUCAAUGAGUGCAAUUGCAACCAAUGGUGUUGUUCCAGCUGGUGGUUCAUACUUCAUGAUUUCAAGAUCACUGGGUCCUGAAUUUGGUGGUGCUGUGGGACUGUGUUUCUACUUAGGAACAACUUUUGCAGGUGCUAUGUACAUCCUGGGUGCCAUUGAGAUCCUACUAAUAUAUAUUGCUCCCCAGGCUGCCAUUUUCCAUCCAACUGGGGCCCAUGAUACUUCCAGUGCCACGCUGAAUAACAUGCGAGUCUAUGGGACCUUAUUUCUGACCUUCAUGGCUCUUGUAGUUUUUGUAGGUGUAAAAUAUGUUAACAAGUUUGCUUCUCUCUUUUUGGCUUGUGUCGUCAUUUCCAUCUUAUCCAUCUAUGCUGGGUCGAUUAAAUCCAUCUUCAGUCCACCUUUUUUUCCGGUGUGCAUGCUAGGCAACAGGACUCUUUCAAGGGACCAAUUUGACAUUUGUGCCAAAACGGUGGUGGUCAACAACGUUACGGUCCCCACCAAUCUCACCGAGCUCUUUUGCCCAGGUUACAACAUAACCUCUGGACUCUGUGAUGAUUAUUUUCAUUUCAAUAACGUGACAGAGAUUGUUGGUAUACCAGGAGCUGCAAGCAGAAUUUUGAAAGAUAACGUCUGGAGUAAUUACUUGGAGAAAGGAGAGAUCCUGGAGAGAGCGGGCUGUCCUUCUGUUGACGUAGCUGGAAAUAAGAACAACCUCCACUUGUAUGUUUAUGCGGACAUAGCAACUUCCUUCACUGUACUUGUUGGCAUCUUUUUCCCUUCUGUGACCGGCAUCAUGGCUGGCUCCAACAGAUCAGGAGACCUCAGAGAUGCCCAAAAGUCUAUUCCAGUGGGAACCAUCCUUGCUAUUGCCACCACAUCUCUUGUCUAUUUCAGCUGUGUAUUGCUGUUUGGAGCUUGCAUUGAAGGGGUUGUUCUUAGAGACAAGUAUGGUGAUGGCGUGAACAAGAACUUAGUGGUGGGCACGCUUGCCUGGCCCUCGCCAUGGGUCAUAGUGAUUGGGUCCUUUUUCUCUACAUGUGGGGCAGGUUUGCAGAGCCUCACUGGAGCUCCACGACUCCUUCAAGCAAUUGCCAAAGACAACAUUAUUCCAUUCCUCAGGGUGUUUGGCCAUGGAAAGGCAAAUGGAGAGCCAACAUGGGCUCUUCUGCUCACAGCCCUGAUUGCCGAGUUGGGCAUUCUAAUAGCCUCCCUUGAUAUGGUGGCCCCAAUUCUUUCUAUGUUUUUCCUGAUGUGUUACCUGUUUGUCAACCUGGCUUGUGCAGUGCAGACACUCUUAAGGACUCCAAACUGGCGCCCCAGAUUUAAGUAUUACCACUGGGCCCUGUCCUUCUUAGGAAUGAGUAUCUGCCUUGCCCUGAUGUUCAUCUCCUCCUGGUAUUACGCUUUAGUGGCAAUGCUCAUCGCCGGCAUGAUAUAUAAGUACAUUGAAUAUCAGGGGGCAGAGAAGGAAUGGGGUGAUGGGAUCCGGGGGCUGUCUCUAAGUGCUGCACGAUAUGCUUUGCUGAGAUUGGAAGAAGGGCCUCCCCAUACCAAGAACUGGAGACCCCAACUGUUGGUGUUGUUGAAACUGGAUGAGGAUUUGCAUGUGAAAUACCCCAGGCUCUUGACGUUCGCAUCACAGCUGAAGGCUGGAAAGGGAUUGACUAUUGUUGGGACUGCAAUACAGGGCAACUUUCUGGAAAGUUAUGGAGAAGCCCAGGCAGCUGAACAGACCAUCAAGAAUAUGAUUGAGAUUGAGAAAGUCAAAGGAUUUUGCCAAGUCGUUGUGGCUAAUAAAGUCCGUGAUGGCAUUUCCCACUUGAUACAGUCUUGUGGAUUGGGUGGCAUGAAGCACAACACGGUGGUUUUGGGGUGGCCCUAUGGCUGGAGGCAAAGUGAAGAUCCUAGAGCUUGGAAGACCUUUAUAGACACUGUCCGCUGCACAACUGCAGCCCACCUUGCCUUGCUCGUGCCAAAGAAUGUGUCCUUCUAUCCCAGCAAUCAUGAGCGUUACAAUGAAGGGAACAUCGAUGUAUGGUGGAUUGUGCACGAUGGAGGCAUGUUGAUGUUGCUUCCAUUUCUCCUCAAACAGCAUAAAGUUUGGCGAAAAUGCAAAAUGCGAAUUUUCACUGUGGCCCAGAUGGACGACAACAGCAUUCAAAUGAAGAAAGACUUGGCAGUCUUCCUUUACCACCUCCGAAUUGAGGCUGAAGUAGAAGUGGUGGAAAUGCAAAACAGCGAUAUUUCAGCCUACACUUACGAGCGGACCUUGAUGAUGGAACAGAGAUCUCAAAUGCUGAGGCAGAUGCGGUUGACCAAAACAGAAAGAGAGAGAGAGGCUCAGCUGGUGAAAGACAGACAUUCGAUCAUAAGGUUAGAGAGCCUUUAUUCUGAUGAGGAAGAUGAAGGGGAAGCAGUGCCAGAAAAGAUCCAGAUGACUUGGACAAAGGAUAAAUAUGACUCUGAGAAUCAAGUCGGUAAUAGUGCGGUGGAGAACUUCAAGGAACUUAUCAGUCUUAAACCCAACCAGUCAAAUGUCCGAAGGAUGCACACUGCUGUGAAGCUGAAUGAAGUCAUUGUAAAUCGAUCCCAUGAUGCCCGACUUGUUCUUCUCAACAUGCCCGGUCCUCCAAAAAACAUAGACGGGGAUGAAAACUAUAUGGAAUUUCUUGAAGUUUUAACUGAAGGCUUGGAGCGCGUAUUGCUGGUCCGAGGUGGUGGUCGAGAAGUCAUAACUAUUUAUUCCUGAUCCCAGAAGAUUGGCUCUAGCUACUACUUUACCCUCUUCAUGAGAAAGGACAUUCCAGUUCAAGAUGAAGAUUUUGACUUUGCUUUUUGUUGCUAUGUUUUCACAAGUGUACCCCAAUACACUACAGAUGUGAAUGCAAGUUCCAAUGAAUUUUUCCAUUUGCCACAUAUCUGUUUCAGAGUAUUUCUGCCAAGGACACGUUUAAUCGCAAUGCUGGGAUGUCAGUUUGCUUCUGCUUUUCUAUACUGGCAGAUGUGUGUGCAGAACAUUUUCUUUUUUUUUAAAGAAAAACCAAGUACGGGAUUUUAGUGAGCAUACAUUGCUAUAGGAGGACUGAAUUUGGUUAUUAGAUAACAGGAUUUACAACAAACAAUUUCUCAAUUAGGAUUUAAGGGGGACUUUUACAGAACAGCUAGUUUUUGCUGUUGCCUCAAGAUUUUCUAAAUGAAGAGAGCCCUGCAUUGUUUAAAAUGUGUGUGUGUAUAGUUUUUGUAAACCCACCUUCACAGCCACAAUUUCAGUGCGGAACACGAAUUUAUACUUAACAGAUUUUAAAUUAUAACACUAUGGUUUCUUGCAGUGAUGCAUACAGAACUCUGGGUCUCAGAUUAAAAUAGACCCUCCAUGCCCCCUAUUUAUUUUUUUUUCUCUAUUUAUUGGUUAGAAUCAGUGGCAAUAAAAAGAUCACCAAGAGUAAUUUGUUGAGGUUAUGUUGCUCCACUAAGAUAGCCUUCUGGUAGCUAAAUUUGCGACUAGAGGUUUUCUUAAAAGGUUAUUAUCUAGCUCUGUUCUCUUCCAAACUACAGGCAAAUAUGUAGGUCAUACUUAUCAAAACUUUUAAGUACACUCUUGGGCAAUGUGCUGGCUACAGAUUGAAGAGUGUAGACAUUAAGGGAAGGGCAUUUUAUACUAGAAACUCCAGGCUUUUUUGCAUUAGUUUUCACAUCCAUUCAUUUGUACUUAUUGUACAGGUCUGUAUCUCUCUUUUUUUCCAAUAAAACAUUGCAUACAUUUGAA